AUGUCACCAAACUCGCCACACGUCACUGCCUUCCUCUUCCUCCUUCUCCUACCUCGGCAAACGUCAGGCGCCAUCCUUGACCAUGGUUCAGGCGCAGACCGACCCCAACUGCCCGGUGCAGCGGCCGCCGCGCCUCAAGCACUGGCAAACCUCGCCCACGACCCCGCCCUGGUGAACCUCUUGCUCGCUCACCUGUCGCCAGCCCAAGACGACGAGCGUGACACUCGCGAGACUCCCGUCACCGAGGUGGCCAACUUGGGAUUUGAGCCUGGCUCCGUGUUCGCCGAGCUUUCAUCAGCAAGGCGCCCACCGCCGGGCCAGAUCCGCGACAUUGUGCCCACCAGUGUCACCGAGGUGACGACCUUGACGGCGGCAUUGGCGGACGCGAACGACCGCGCGGCCCUCCUGCGGCUGCGCGACGCGCACGAGUGCCAGCUGGGCCCCGGCGUCGUGGCUCUCUUGGUGGCACUGCUUGGUCGACGCACUUUCUCGAUCGUUGCCCGCCGCGGCGCCGGUCUCAUGCUCACUGAGACGCGACAUCGCCGCUCGCUUCCUCCGCGCGGUUCGCAAGAGCAACCCCGCUGGCGUGGAGCGCUACCGCCGUGA